UUCUGGGGCAGAGGCCAGCUUCUGUGAGGCGGCUGGGAUUUACCCUUGUUUACGCAUAAAAAAAGAUACAGUGAAAGGAUGGGGAGAGAAGCAGCAGAGGGGGAUUUGGCGCGUGUCCUUUCUGUAGCGUGAAAGACUAUAUUAUGGGCUUUGUUUACCCUCUACAACCUUUUUUUUUUUACAUCCAUUCUUCUUUUACCUCUGUACCCUUCCACCACCUUUAAUGUUCAGCACAUCGAUCACACAGAGGACAGAACGGCAGUAUCCACUAUUCUCCACUUUGCAUUUCUUGGCUGGCUUUCUGUUGCCUAAUUCAAUGGUUCCUUGCACUUUCCUUCGAUUGGGACGGAUGCUAAGGAGGCUGAGAUGGGAACUGAUGAAGAGAUGAGUGGUUGGCUGUUUGGCUGCAUGACUGCCUGGCUGCUCUGAGCUCAGGUUUCCCCCUCUUCAUUGUUCAGGAACAGAACUGAGCAUGGCUGUGGAAGAAGGUGCUGUCUUUCUGACUCAAUCUGAUAGCAAUGCAAGUUAUCUGCGAGCUGCCCGGGCAGGAAAUCUAGAAAAAGUCCUUGACUACCUCAAGUCUGGGGUUGAGAUAAACAUUUGCAAUCAGAAUGGUCUGAAUGCUCUUCAUCUGGCCUCCAAAGAGGGGCAUGUGGAGGUUGUUGCUGAGCUGCUGAAGCUGGGAGCCAGUGUUGAUGCAGCAACAAAGAAAGGAAACACUGCUCUGCACAUAUCCUCGCUGGCUGGCCAAGCAGAAGUCGUCACGGAGCUGGUCACUAAUGGAGCCAAUGUCAACGCACAAUCUCAGAAUGGCUUCACUCCUCUCUACAUGGCGGCCCAGGAGAAUCACCUGGAGGUGGUACGAUUUCUGUUGGAGAACAGUGCGAGCCAAAGUAUUGCCACUGAGGAUGGCUUCACUCCUUUGGCGGUGGCUCUCCAGCAGGGCCAUGACCAGGUGGUCUCCCUGCUACUGGAGAACGAUACAAAGGGCAAGGUACGCCUUCCUGCCCUGCACAUCGCUGCACGCAAAGACGACACCAAGGCCGCGGCCCUGCUUCUGCAGAAUGACCACAACGCUGACGUAGAGUCAAAGAUGAUGGUGAAUAGAACAACAGAGAGUGGGUUCACUCCCCUCCACAUCGCAGCUCACUAUGGAAACAUCAACGUGGCGACAUUGUUGCUGAAUAGAGCGGCUGCAGUGGACUUCAUGGCUCGGAAUGACAUCACGCCGCUUCAUGUUGCGGCAAAAAGGGGCAACAGUAACAUGGUCAAGCUACUAUUAGACAGAGGGGCCAGAAUUGAAGCAAAAACAAAGGAUGGUCUGACUCCUCUUCAUUGUGGGGCUCGGAGCGGGCACGAACAGGUGGUAGAAAUCCUGCUGGAUCGAGGAGCUCCAAUCCUUUCUAAGACCAAGAACGGCCUGUCGCCGCUCCACAUGGCCACCCAGGGGGACCACCUGAACUGUGUCCAGCUCCUGCUUCAGCACGACGUACCCGUGGAUGACGUCACCAACGACUACCUGACGGCGCUGCAUGUGGCUGCACACUGCGGCCACUACAAGGUGGCCAAGCUCAUAGUGGACAAGAAGGCCAACCCCAACGCAAAAGCUCUGAAUGGUUUUACUCCGCUUCACAUUGCUUGCAAGAAAAACAGAGUCAGAGUGAUGGAGCUGUUACUCAAACAUGGUGCAUCUAUCCAGGCUGUGACUGAGUCUGGCCUGACACCAAUUCAUGUGGCAGCUUUCAUGGGCCACGAAAACAUUGUUAGUGCACUGAUAAAUCAUGGAGCAUCACCCAAUACCACCAAUGUUCGAGGGGAGACGGCUCUUCACAUGGCUGCCAGGGCUGGCCAGGCCGAUGUAGUCCGAUACCUGCUGAAGAACGGAGCGAAGGUGGACACCAAGUCAAAGGACGACCAGACAGCAUUGCACAUCUCCAGUCGGCUGGGUAAAAUUGAUAUUGUCCAACAGCUGUUGCACUGCGGCGCCUCAGCCAACGCUGCCACCACAUCUGGCUACACACCCCUGCAUUUGGCCGCCCGUGAGGGGCACGAAGAUGUGGCUACCAUGCUGUUGGAAAACGGAGCAUCACUGUCAUCUUCCACCAAGAAAGGGUUUACUCCACUGCAUGUGGCUGCAAAGUAUGGCAAGAUGGAGGUGGCCAGCUUGCUCCUGCAGAAGGGAGCUCCAGCAGAUCCAGCUGGAAAGAGUGGGCUAACUCCACUGCAUGUAGCCGCUCACUACGAUAACCAGAGAGUGGCACUCCUUCUCCUGGAUCAGGGAGCGUCUCCACAUGCUGCUGCCAAGAAUGGUUACACGCCUCUGCACAUUGCUGCCAAGAAGAACCAAAUGGAGAUUGGUACGACGCUGCUAGAAUAUGGUGCUGACGCCAAUGCAGUGACGCGGCAAGGCAUCAGCCCCAUUCACUUGGCAGCACAGGAGGGCAGCGUGGACCUGGUGUCCCUGUUGUUGGCCAAGAAUGCUAACGUCACCGUGUGCAAUAAGAACGGACUUACGCCACUGCACUUGGCAGCUCAGGAAGACAGGGUCAAUGUGGCAGAAGUCCUUCUCAACCACGGGGCUGAUAUCAACCUGCAAACAAAAAUGGGUUACACUCCACUACAUGUGGCUUGUCACUAUGGCAACUCAAAGAUGGUAAACUUUCUGCUGGAGAAUGAUGCCAAAGUCAACAGCAAAACAAGGAAUGGUUACACUCCUCUUCACCAAGCAUCUCAGCAGGGGCACAGUCACAUCGUCAACCUGCUACUACAACAUGGAGCCUCGCCCAAUGAACUCACUGUAAUUGGGAGCACUGCCCAGUCCAUUGCACGUCGCCUUGGGUACAUAUCAGUGGUGGACAUUCUGAAGCCCCUGACAGAUGAGACCUUGACGUCCUCACGUCCAUCAGAAAAAUUCAGGAUCUAUAUCCCAGAAAUCAUGAACGAGUUCCUGGACAUGUCAGACGAUGAAGUCUGGGCUAAUGUGCCAGAAAUUCUAAAAGAAGAGUCUUUUUCAGAUGUGGAUGAAGGUGAGGAUGCAUUGACCGGUGACACGGACAAAUACCUGCGGCCCCAGGACCUGAAAGAGCUGGGGGAUGACUCCCUCCCCCAAGAGGGCUACAUGGGUUUCAGCAUAGGGGCCCGCUCAGCCAGCCCUAGAAUCAGCCUCCGCUCCUUCAGCUCGGAUAGGUCCAACACGCUCAACCGGAGCUCCUAUGCUCGAGACAGUAUGAUGAUUGAGGAGAUUCUGGCCCCCACUAAAGACACGCCUCAGAGUGUCUGUAAAGACAUUUCCUACCUGGUAGAUCCACUCAGCAAGCACCUUGCUGUGACCAGAGACUACAGCUCAGAGUGUAUGCGGCGAUACAGCUGGACUCCAGACACGAUGGACCACAGUCAUAACACAGUAUCCAGCCCCAUUCACUCUGGCUCCAACUCCCCGCUCCCUCAGUAUGACUCCAGGUUCCUGGUCAGCUUCAUGGUUGACGCUCGCGGUGGUUCCAUGAGAGGCAGCCGCCAUAACGGCAUGCGCAUCAUCAUUCCUCCCAGGAAGUGCACGGCACCCACACGGAUUACAUGCCGCCUAGCUAAAAGGCACAAACUGGCCUACCCCCCACCCAUGGUGGAAGGGGAGGGGCUGGUGAGCCGGCUGGUGGAGGUGGGACCUGCUGGUGCACAGUUCCUCGGUCCUGUGAUUGUGGAGAUCCCUCAUUUUGGUUCCAUGCGGGGCAAAGAAAGGGAGCUAAUUGUGUUGAGGAGUGACAAUGGUGACACAUGGAAAGAGCACCAGUCUGAUUUUAGACCAGAAGACCUCACAGAGCUGCUUGCCGGCAUGGAUGAAGAGCUGGAUAGUCCCGCCGAGCUGGAAAAGAAGCGCAUUUGCCGCAUAGUGACCAGAGAUUUUCCUCAGUAUUUUGCUGUGGUGUCAAGAAUCAAGCAGGAGUCCAAUCACAUGGGUCCAGACGGAGGCGUACUGUCCUGCAGCACCGUGCCCAUGGUCCAGGCCUCCUUUCCACAGGGGGCCCUAACUAAGAGGAUCCGCGUCGGGUUGCAGGCUCAGCCUGUGCCCGAUGACCUGGUCAGAGCAGUCCUGGGAAACAGAGCCACCUUCAGCCCCAUCGUCACUGUAGAGCCCAGGAGGAGAAAGUUCCACAAGCCCAUCACCAUGACGAUCCCUGUUCCGCCUCGAUCAGCGGAGGGCCAUCCCAGCGGCCACCGAGGCGACUCUGCGCCCUGCCUUCGUCUGCUUUGCAGCAUCACAGGAGGGACGUCUCCUGCGCAGUGGGAGGACAUCACAGGAACCACACCACUGUCCUUUGUCACGGACUGUGUCUCCUUCACCACAAAUGUGUCGGCCAGGUUCUGGCUCGCAGACUGUCACCAGAUUCCUGAGACGGUGAGUCUAGCGUCUCAGUUAUACCGGGAGCUAAUCUGCGUGCCCUACCUGGCCAAGUUUGUGGUGUUCGCCAAGAUGAAUGACGCUGUGGAGGCACGGCUGCGCUGCUUCUGCAUGACGGAUGAUAAGGUGGACAAAACCCUGGAGCAACAGGAGAACUUUGAGGAAGUGGCUCGAAGCAAAGACAUCGAGGUUCUUGAGGGGAAGCCUAUCUUUCUGGAUUGUUAUGGCAAUCUGUCACCUCUCAUCAAAAGUGGGCAGCAGCUGGUUUUUAACUUUUACUCAUUCAAGGAAAACAGACUUCCCUUCAACGUAAAGGUUAGAGAUGUGGGCCAGGAGCCAUGUGGCCGCCUUUCCUUCCUGAGCGAGCCGAAAACCUCGAAAGGCCUUCCACAGACUGCCAUAUGCAAUUUGAAUAUCACACUGCCAACCCACAAGAAGGAUAUGGAGUCUGAUCCUGAUGAUGAGACUGAAAAGCCAGAACGACGUCAUACCUUUGCCUCCUUAGCUUUACGUAAGCGCUACAGCUAUUUGACCGACCCAGCAGCGAAAACUACUGAUCGAAGCUCGCCGAGAACACAGCCUUCUAGCUACCCUCACAAACCUGUCUUUUCAACGAGAUCUUAUCAGGCGUGGUCGCCUGUUCCUGUCGCCAUCCCUGGCCAAACCAAGUCUGGAUUUGGCUCCCUCUCCAGUUCGUCAUCCAACACGCCCUCUGCCUCUCCACUGAAGUCUGUCUGGUCCAUCAACUCUGUCUCCCCCAUCAAGAGCAACAUCCCUGGAUCACCUGCCUCUUCUGUAAAGUCAGUUAGUGACACCGCCUCCCCCAUCCGAUCAUAUAGAACCAUCUCUUCUCCUAUUAAAACUGUAGUCCAACAAUCCCAGUACCCUGUUCAGAUCACCCCCAGUCCCCUGGCCUCUCCAGGGAGAAGUGCCCCAGACCCUGGAUCCAUGAAAGGAUUAUCAGCAUUGUCAGCUAGAAUCUCCCCCAUAACUACUUCUGGAGGAGGAAGCACUGUUCUUGACAGAAUAUCCAUUGGCCUGACCCCGCCAACCUCUCCAAAAUCAUCCCUCAACAUGUUCAGUUCUCCACUGCCCUACAAGACUGUACUGGGAAGCUCUAGUGGCACACCAUCUUCCUCCUCACCCAUCAAAACUGUUCCUGGUCUCUCCUCUGUUCGCUCAUUUGCCUCAGAUGCCACUGGUUCUGCAAGAAAUCUUUUCUCUUCUUUUUCAUCACCCCUCAAAUCCAGUACCCCCCCAAGUGCUGCAGGGCUGAUUAAUGGAACUUUGUCACCAACACAGUACCGAUCUUUAUCCCCAACACCACUUCUCACAAGUAGUCUACAGGAGAGAAUACAAGCAACCACUAAUGCAGCAACUUCAAGCGUCAACGCAGCUUUUGAUGAGGUUGAAAAAACAUUAAAUUCUUGUUCUGCAGGCUAUGGCACCCUGAAGUCCUUGUCCUCCUCUGCUUCAUCCUCAUAUCAGUCAAUUAGGUCAUCAGCUUCUGGUUCCCUUUAUGCCCCUUUGAGAUCCACGCCCAAUGCCACCACUGCUGUAACAUCCAGCACAACGACUGUUCCUGUUUAUUCCGUUACAAGUGUGUUGCCAGAGUCACAGUUUAAAAAGUUGCCAGAGGUGUCCUCAGCAGCCGCUGCUCUUCUUUCCCCAAGGAAGUCUGUGCCAUCUGAGGUGAAUGCGCGGAAUGAGUCGUCUUUUGCAAGAACUCUUUCUCCCAUCAAAGCUCCUCAUUUACCUCCUGGUAUUAAAUCUAAAACUACAUCCCCACUCUCAUCUAGCCAAGAGAUUCUGAAGGAUGUUGCUGAAAUGAAAGAGGAUUUGAUAAGAAUGUCUGCCAUUUUGCAGACAGACCCAAAUUCUUCUUCAUCCAGUAAAGGAUUUCGGUCUGAUUCUCCCAAAGAGGGUAAGCUAGAGGAUGAGGAACCAUACCGGAUUGUGGAGAAAGUCAAGCAGGAUUUGGUAAAAGUGAGUGAAAUCCUCACCAAAGAUGUUGGGAAGGAUGGUAGAGUUUCCCCAGCAAGAGGGUCAUUAGAUGACAUUCACUUCUCAAAAAUACAAGUUGAACAGCCACCAAGCAAUUGGAGCUAUCCACCAAGAUAUGAGACAGUAGUUCACCAAACAGGAACAAAAUCUUCUCCAGAUUUCAGUCUUUCCAAAGUAGUUGACUACCUGGUCAAUGAUGUAGGAAGCAGCACUUUCUCUAAAGUCCCAGAAGGAAAGCAUAAAACUGAUGAGGACAGAAGAGAAGGAGAGGGAAAAGAGAAGCAUAAAAGAGUCUUAAAACCAACUAUAGCAGUUCAAGAACAUAAGCUUAAAAUGCCUCCAACAAACAUGCGUUCUUCACCUUCAGACAGGGAAAUCAGCAAAGUAGCAGAUGCACUUUUUGGGUCAGACACUGUUCUGGAGUCCCCUGAUGAUAUUUCACAUGAACAAGAUAAAAGCCCCCUAUCAGACAGUGGGUUUGAGACGAGGAGUGAGAGGACACCUUCUGCCCCACAAAGCGCAGAAGGUAUGGGUCCUAAGGCCCUUUUUCAAGAUAUGCCUGCGCCUCCAGUGAUCACUGAAACUAGGACAGAGGUUGUCCAUGUCAUCAGGAGCUAUGAGCCAGAGGAUAAAACUCAGCCCACCAUGGAGGAUACACAUUCUGUCAAGUAUAUUGAUUCUGGUUCUAAAAGUCAAACUCAGUUUACAUCUACUGGAGAUCCAAAUAAAUGCAGUUCAGUAAAGGUCAGCCCAGAUGAAGAUCCAAAAGGGAUGAGAGUAAAAGAGGAAACUCACAUCACUACCACCACCAGGAUGGUAUACCACAAACCACCUGGCAAAGAAGCAGCAUCAGAGAGAUGUGAAGAAACAAUGUCUGUUCAUGACAUAAUGAAGGCUUUUCAGUCAGGCAAAGACCCUUCCAGGGAGCUAGCUGGGCUGUUUGAGCACAGGUCCAGCAACGAGGAAAUUUCACAAAGAGUCCUUGAGGAUGUCAACUCCAAACCAAAAGUUGAACGGAUAAUUGAGGUUCAUAUUGAAAAGGGCAAUAAAACAGAGCCAACAGAGGUUAUUAUCAGAGAAACUAAAAACCACACAGAAAAAGAAAUGUUCUUCUACCCAGGCAGUCGGCAAGAUGAGGAAGAGCCUGAAGAAUUACCCUCAGUUUUUAUUGACUCAUCCAGAGUAAACACACCCAUGUCACAGGAGGACGACAGUCGCCCUAGUUCAGCACAACUCAUAGCAGAUGAUUCCUACAAAACAUUAAAGCUUCUUAGCCAGCAGUCUGUAGAGUUCAAUGAGGAUGAAUUAUCAGAACUUAGGGGGGAAUCUUACAAUUUUGCAGAGAAAAUGCUACUUUCUGAGAAGCUUGACCGUUCGUAUUCUGACACAGAAGAGUAUCUGAGAGAUCGGUCUCGCUUUCAUUCACCAGACAGAAGUACUUAUAGUGAAGGUAGGUCAUCUGCACCAAGAACAGAGUAUGUUUUUAGGUCAUCAAGAAAUGCCUAUGACCAGUCUGGGCACUUGGCAAAUGUUGAUGAUAACUUUGACAAAUUGACACUUCUGCAGUAUUCAUCUGAGCCUGGUAGUCCAAAGCAUUCUGUUUGGAUGCGUGUGUCAGAUGACACUCAAAAUAAUGAAGUUGGGCAAAUAAUGUAUGAGGACAGAGUUGACAGAACUGUUAAAGAGGCAGAAGAGAAACUGAGUGAAGUAUCACAGUUUUUUAGAGAUAAAACAGAACAACUCAAUGACGAACUGUCAUCUCCAGAGAAAAAAUCUCGCAGGCCAGACUUCAGAGAAUCGCGAUCAGGGCCUAGUUCAACACAAAGUAGUCCCGAGAGGUCACCAUAUAGAAGUGGGUGCAUUGGGGAAGAAUGGAAUAGAGAAAGACUCAGAGACAAGUUCGCCUCAAGUGACAGAAAAUGUGCCAGUUUACCUAGUAGCCCAGAAAGGAGAGCAUUGCUGCAGUUUUCAGAUACAGAUUCUCGAAAACAAAGAGAUGAUACAUCACAAAGAAGUGUUGGUGAUAGUCUUAAAUCUUCUCAAAUGACAUCUUCCAAAGUCAGUGCAGUGCGACUGAAGUUUGAGCAAGAGGCUCAAAGACAACAGAGAAGUCCUCAGAGUGGACAAAAUUCCAACCUUCCAGUGAGGAAACUCCAGGAAACUAAACUACCUGUGUAUCAGAUAUUUGGUGGAAGUAGUGUUUCAAAAACUCCAGACACUCCAGUGACUCAGAGAAAAUGUAUUGGCAAUGACUCAAAUGCAUUUUCUCCCAAACAUGCAACUAGUGAAAAAGAGAAAGCUCAGGAAGAAAGCUCCUUGUUCAAAACUAGGGAUGGCCAAAGGUAUGGACAUUAUAACCCUCAAUCUCCCAAAUCAUCACAUAAUUCGGCAAAUGAUUUCAACAAAAAUGAUUCACAAAGACAAGAAGCAGCUAAGAAAGUAAUCUAUACAGAAUAUGUGGUCAGAGAUAGUCCAAAUUGCAACAGUAGUCUAAAAAAAAACUCGGAAUCACAAAUUCCUGUAAAAAAGUCAUCUAAUUACCCAGAAAAACAGAAAUUCUCUCCAUAUUUAACGUUAGAUGAAUCUCAUGAAAAAUCUGGGUCUCGGACAGCCAUUUCAGCUAGAAAUCAGUCUAAAGGUAGCUCUGAAUCCAAUAAAUCUACUCAAGGUUUAUCAAGUGGAAAAUCUACGCCAGACAGUAGUCAGUCCAAUGUGUUGUGUAAUGGUGUUGAUGAUGACCAGAUAGAGUAUUUGGGUCAAGUGACACCUGUGGUCAUAACUGAAGGUUUUAAAGAUAUUAAACCAUUGCCUGUGUAUGUCAGCAUCCAAGUAGGAAAGCAGUAUGAAAAGGAGGAAGCCUCGGGGCAGCUGGGAACAUACAAAAAGAUAGUGAGCCAUGAGAGUAGGACAGUCCAUGAGAGUAGGGGUGCAUUUUACACUGUCAAACAAAAGCAGUCUCCAUCUCCUCAAGGAAGUCCAGAAGAUGACACUCUGGAACAAGUGACUUUCAUGGACAGCUCUGGUCGAAGCCCUGUUACUCCUGAGACUCCCAGCUUGGAGGAAAUGAGUCUAGCCUCCAGAGCCCCAGACUCUGCGAUAGGCUUCAUGACUGGCAUGCCCAGCCCUAUCCCAGAGGAGUCUGAAGAAGAAGAGGGGAAGACCUUCAUCUACAAGGAACCCUCUAAAGAAAAAUCUAAACCACCUUCUCCGGAGAUUCGCAGUAAAAAUCAAGAUGGAGAGAGAAGGAAGUUGGGAGAAAAAAGAGUUGCUUAUAUAGAGUUUCCACCACCUCCCCCCUUAGAGGCGGAGCAGUCUGGCCCUAAGAAAAAAGGUUCACAGGCUUCCUCUGAAGCAGAGACAGAAAUGAUGGAGGUAAAUCUCCAAGAGGAGCAUGAUAGGCACCUCUUAUCUGAACCAGUCAUUAGGGUGCAGCCACCAUCUCCUAUCCCCCCAGGAGCAGAUAACAGCGACUCUAGUGAUGACGAAUCCGUCUUUCAUCCCAUUCCUGUCAAGAAAUACACAUUUAAAAUAAAAGAAGAAGGAGGAGAAAAACGCUCAAAACAAAAAAAAUCUGAGAAAAAUGGAAAUAAUGACUCUGGAGUUAACGGUGUUUUAAAGGGAGAUGAUGCUGACUUUGAACAAAACGGCAACGAUCAGUCAAUCACUGACUGUUCCUUAGCAACUACAGCAGAAUUCUCCCAUGACACAGAUGCAACUGAAAUAGACUCUUUAGAUGGUUAUGACCUUCAAGAUGAGGAUGAUGGACUGAGUGAAGACCCAAAAACUUCAAGUCUGUCCAAUGAUGGAAAAAUGACUGACCGCUCAUUUAGUCAGUCUAAGCUAGAAGUGAUAGAGGAGGAAAAAUGUGAAGAUGGUGGGGACAAUGGAAAUGCUAAAAGCAGCAAAUCUUCCAAGAAUAGUGAUGGGGCUGAAAAAGAUUAUACACUUGAAGGAAGACAUCCAGAUAGACACGGCUUUGGAGAGAACUGUUUUGGCUACCAGCUUGAAGAGGAACUUAAUUCAACCUUUAAAACGGUUGCCACCAAAGGAUUGGACUUUGAUCCCUGGUCCACAAAGGGGGUUGACAAUGAAGGGGUUUUUGAUCCAAAAGCAAAAGAGGAAGACCCAAAGCCCUUCAGUUUAUCGGUGGAGGAUAAAUCGCAGGCAACAACACCCGAUACAACCCCUGCUCGAACACCAACCGAUGAGAGCACACCAACUAGUGAGCCUAACCCCUUCCCUUUCCACGAAGGAAAGAUGUUUGAGAUGACCCGCAGUGGUGCUAUUGACAUGAGCAAGCGGGACUUUGUUGAAGAGAGGCUUCAGUUUUUCCAGAUUGGCCCCCAAAGUCCUUGUGAGCGGACAGAUUUGCGUAUGGCUAUUGUUGCAGAUCACCUUGGACUCAGCUGGACAGAACUUGCUCGAGAGAUGAACUUUACUGUGGAUGAGAUCAACCACAUAAGACUUGAGAAUCCUAACUCUCUAACAGCACAGAGCUUCAUGUUACUCAAGAAAUGGGUCAGUCGGGAAGGGAAAAAUGCCACAACGGAUGCCUUAACCGUAGUGCUGACCAAAGUCAAUCGGAUGGAUAUUGUUAGUUUACUGGAGGGCCCAAUAUUUGACUAUGGUAACAUUUCAGGCACGAGAUGUUUUGCCGAUGAUAACCCUGUUUUCCGGGAUCAGGCUGAUGAUUAUCAGAACAUUCUAGCGGAGCUGCAGUCCCCAGCAGCGCUGCUUUCCAGCCCCUCCUUCCUGGAGUCUGAACUCCCCAUCACCCCCAACCCUUCCCUUUCCCAACAUCACCAUUGCUCAAAACCAGACUCUCCUUUCCAUGAGGACAAGCUGAAUCAGCCCCCACCCUGGUGUCCAGACCUAGAGCCUGAAAGCAAAGAGCCAGAAAGUCCCCCUAAAAGCCCCCCCAGACCCUGUGAGCUCGCCAUUUCUGUCCUUGCCUUUGAACUCCCUGAUCCUCUUCCUUCUAAGGUCAGAAAACCCCACAUCGCUCUGAACGACCAGCUGCUUAUGAGCGAAGAGGAGGACAAAACCUAUCGAGAACUGGAACCCAAUUACAAGCCAUGUUCGCCUUCUUUUCCAGCAAGAUGUGAAUUAGAUGUUGACAUGGCCUACUCCACAUCUUCCCCUUCACUGUCGUCAGUGUCAUCCAUAACGCCAUCACCGCCAGACAGAGCAGUGAGAUUUGGAUGUGGGCAGAUGGAUGCUCUCCAUGGACUCGAAGAAAAAGUGGGUCUUAAAGGAAGUCAAUUUAGAUUACGUGAAGAAAUUGAGAAAGUUGGUGAAAUGGUUGCAGCAGAGUUGACAGAAAGGCAUAGAUUAGUGGAGAAGUGGGUAGAGCAGGACUUGAUUAAAAAUGUGGAAAGAAAGUGUGAGAUCAUAACAAAAGAUAGGUCUAAGAUGGUUGAGGAAGGUGUCAUUUUGGUUGAACAGAAGAUUGGAUGUGCAGAGCCAGAGAUGGAUGUUGUCCGUGAGCAGGGAGUUGAUAAAAAUAUCAGUAAGACCACUGCAACUGAGGAAGAGGAAGUUCAAGAUUUUAGCAGCUCAUCAAAAAAAAGACAUAGUCUGAUAGUUACUGGGCAUGAAGUGGAGAAAAGCGAAGUUACGACCAUCUUAGAAGGUCAAUCACCUGGGGUUGAAAAAGCUGACGAAGACUGUAGAGAAAGCUUUCAAAAGUGGGAUGGAACAGAUGGAAAAAUGAAGGAAAAAGUCGCUCAUGUUGCACCAAAAGGAGAUUUGAAAGUCAAGGACCAGGCUGUUGCUGACCUCUCUCCUCAGGCCUGGGUUGAAGCAUUGCAGCACCUUCGACACAAUGAGUUAGGAUCCAGUGAGGAAGAAGAGGAGAACAAAUGCAAAGAAUUGACAGAUGAAACAUUUGGAUCUAUGCUUGGGGGAGCACAAAACCAAGAAGGCUCAGAGGGGAAGGACGAGGACAAGGAGGCGACUGAAUUCAGGGAUCAAGGCGGUCAUGAACAGGAAGAAAAGAACGUGUCUUCACUUUCAGGUUGGCACAGUGAUUCAUCCAGCGUCAAUGUGGAACCACCAACACCGGGCCGCAGCGUCAGCUCAGACCUGCUUAACAGACGAGAAAGCCAAGAGAACUCUAGUGACUCCAUCACUUCCUCAUCGAGGGGGGAGUCUGGGAGGUCCCAACAAAAUGGAGAUAACUCAAAGCUCUCCCGUCAGGACGCCUCAUCUGAAUCAUCAAAUGCCAAGAAAGAAGAUGGAGCACCGGUCUCUGAGAAAAAAGCCCAGCUGGUUAGUGUAGAUUCUGGCUCAGAGGAAGAGCAGACCGUAACAACUAGAGUCUUCCGACGCCGACUCAUUUUGAAGGGAGAAGAAGCAAAAGAUGUUCCAGGCGAGUCGAUCACAGAGGAACACUACAUGGACCAAGAUGGCAACCUCGUCAGUAGAAAAGUGAUCAGGACGGUCAUUCGCCGGGUGUCAACUCCCACACCAGAAAGCCAGGGAAGUAGCAGGUGGAACAGUGCAGCUUCGCUCAGUUCCAUUCAGCAAGAAUAUGGUUCAGAGCAUGGAGGAGAAUCAAGGAAAAGCAGGCGAAAAGAUGACAGAAGAUCAGGAGAUAAAAAGCAUCAUUGAUAAGGAGGGUUAACGUCUAUCAGGUUUACAGAAACCAAGUUAGAUGCUUCCUGGGAACAAAUGCUCAAAGGGCUGAAGAGUUUCAGUGUCGACUCGAGGCAAAGGUCCAGUCUGCAGCUUUCUACUUCAAACUCAAAGAGAGGGUCAGACUUUUUGGCUUCAGCAUAAAAACCUCACCUCCCAGUCAAGCUGGGAGGUGAGCUUCUCCCUCUCCGACAGUGCUGGACCAGUAAAACAAGCGAAACUGCUCCCUGUUUUGUCCAUAACAGCACGGACCAUCAGGCCACUGGUGGUGUAAGAACCUUUAGAGGAGCAGUGCGUGUUGCAACAAAGACUCCAUACAGUUUUAACUGUGACCAAAGAUGGCACAAGAGCUCAGUCCACAAAAAGAGUGAGGUCAAGGCGGUAAUGACAAAAAAAAUGACACUUUUGAAACAACUUCAACACUCGCCUUAUAUUUUUUUCUUGAGCCCAUUAUUGUCAGGAUGUAAAUUGUUUUGGUAUAUUUUUCCUUCUAUUUUAAAACUUAAACUAACACAAAAGCUUUUUUUCUGUAUAAAGAAAAUGAGUGGGAAUAACUUUUGAAAAAAAAGGGGGUAAAUUACCAGUAAACUGUUCCACUUUCACAGAUUUGACUAUAACUUCACAGGUUCUUAUAUAAUGAAAUAUUUGAGCUGGUAUAAUGUUUGUACUUGAUGAAGCUGGUUUGAUUUUAAACAAGGACAUUUCCUAAAAAACGAAAAAUAAAAUAAAAAUUCCUAGAGUGGGAAUUGAUCUACCGGUAAUUCUGCAAAAAAAAAAAAAGCAGCCUUUCAGAGUUCUCAAAUUUUUUUAUGCAUGCUGUUCACAUUAUUUUAAGUACAGUUUUGGGGGAAACACUAUAUUCAAAGAACAAAUUAAACCCUUUAUCUUUGUACACAUUUAGCCCACAUGUUUUUCAUCAGUUUUAUAAUUUGAAUUAAAACCAGGAUAUUAGAGCAUUUCUCAUUCUGUGGGUGAGGGGGAAAAAGGUGUGAAAAGCUUCUUUAAGGUUGUGGUGUCUCGUCUUCUGUGUAAAACUGGAGGGCAGCUUCUUCUACAAGGGAGAGGCGAUCUGAAUGUAAAUGCUAUUCAGCUGGUUCGCUGUAAAAUUAUAAAUGUACUGUGUGUAUUGGCUGUAAGAUGUAGGAGUCUCUGUUCCCCAUUAGACUAUCUGUUAUCAUUUUAGCAGUGUGUCAUUUGUUUUUUUUUUCCAACGGCUGCAGUGGUGAUAAAGGAAAACUGGGGCAUUUCACUUUGAAUUUUUGGUGAAGUAUUUCCUUGAUUUAAAAGCUAUUCACAUUAAGGACACAAGGCUAUUAUUUGAUUGUAGCUCUAAAUAGCAUAAUGUAUGACAAAACACUGGAUGGUCAAAAACGAUAAUUUAAGCAUCGAAUAAAUUGUGAUUUACUCUGAAACUGUGUGAUCUCUUUAGACUUGAGAGUGUAUAUGCAGUGUCUAAUAGAACUGUUUUCACUAGUUCACUGGAAAAAAAAAAGUUACUUUACUCUAGGGAUUAUCUUUGUAUUAAUUUUCAUUAGAUGCCAUGUAGUUCAUGUGUGGUGUUCUACUGAUUUGAUGCCUCAGUAUAUGCUGAUGCUAAUGCUGUGGGCAUGGAAACUUAAUCACUUUUUUAAGGGGGUGUUAAGGAAGCCACAUAGGGUGCUAAACUACACCCUCUUACACAACUACAUCAAUCAGGGGUUAGAUUAUCCUUUAAUAUGGUUGAACGAUCAAUGAAACUGUCAACUUUGUUUGAUAUGUGUUUUCACCUGAGCAGACUUUUUGAUGUACAAUUCUUACUAACAGAGUGAAGCCAUUGAAAUGUAACUAUUCUAGCACUUUGGUUAUUCAAUUUUAGAGACUAUAGCAGCAAAGAUGCCAUCACCAAUGUUUGGGACGUCUUUCAAAAAAAACAAAAACUUAAUAAAAAUGCAUUGAUUUUGCA